AUGUCGCAGUCAAGCGCUGAGGCAGAGGAGAAGGCGUGCUCCAGACAGCGUUCCCAGGUGAAGGUGAAUGAAUAUAGAAAUCAAGACAUCUUUCAUACAUCUCUGAGACCAGUACAGACCACAGUUUUAGGAAAAACAGCUAAGGUUUAUCUUGCUCCCUUUUCACUCACUAAUUACAAGUUAGGUCAAUUUAAGUGCUCCAAAUCCCUAUUAGAAAAGAAUUCUAAUGAUGCAGUGAUGUGUAAGAAGUUUAAGAAGACUGAAUUAAAGAAAACUUGCAGAAAAAUUUUAAUUCCAAAGAUGAAAGCUCUAUCUUCCAAGGCAGAAUCUACUCUGCAAAAAUCAUCCUUAGAUGUUCAUGCUGAAACUAAUGAGCUAGAACACCAGGACAGUUCAGAUGCUGUGAUUCUCAAUGUUGAUUUGGAAAGCAGUGAUGAAGAUACCACACCUGACCUGGAUGAUUUUUCAGGAUUGUCACCAUAUGAAAGGAAGAGACUGAAGAACAUAUCAGAAAAUGCAAACUUUUUUGCUUCUCUUCAGUUGUCUGAGUCAGCUGCCAGACUCCGUGAAAUGAUAAAAAAGAGACAACCUCCUAAGUCCAAGAGAAAGACACCUAAGAAGAGAGAAAAUGAGAUUGGAUGUAGAAGGUCCAUGCGAUUGCUAAAAGUGGAUCCUUCAGGAGUUUCAUUACCAGCAACUCCAGCACAGCCGACAUUAGUAGAAGAUGAAAAUCCUUUGUUACCUCCUGGGCCUUUAGAAAUGAUUCCUGAAAAUCAAGAUGACAACAAUGAACUAUUUAAAGAAUUUCUGCAGACAUGGGGUGAAAUGAGCAAGACAAGUCGUAAGAACACUGAGAAGGGGCUAUCCAGCAUUAAAAGCUACAAAACCAAUUUAAAUGGAAUGGUCGUUAGUGAAGAUACUGUUCAUAAAGUUACCAACAGCUCAAUAUUCUCUGUGGCUCUCCACCCAUCAGAAACUAGAAUUUUGGUAGCGGCUGGGUCCAAACAUGGGCAAAUUGGACUUUGGGAUUUGACCCAGCAACGAAAAGAAGAUGGAACAUAUGUUUUUUAUCCCCACAGUCAACCCGUUAGCUGUCUUUACUUCUCACCCGCCAAUCCAGCCCACCUACUAUCACUGAGCUAUGAUGGCACAUUACGAUGUGGGGAUUUUUCCAAGGCUGUAUUUGAAGAGGUAUAUAGAAAUGAAAAAAGUGGCUUUUCCUCCUUUGACUUCUUGACAGAAGAUGCUUCCACUUUACUAGUAGGACACUGGGAUGGAAGUAUGUCACUGGUGGAUAGACGGACACCUGGAACUUCUUUCGAGAAACUAAUUAGUUCUUCUUUGAGAAAAAUAAGAACUGUUCAUGUCCACCCAGUGUACAGACAGUAUAUCAUGGCUGCAGGGCUGAGGGAUAUUCAUAUUUAUGACGUCAGGCACCUGAAACUCAGAGGAAGCCAGCCUUUGAUUUCUUCCACUGAACACAAAAAGAGCAUUGCUUCUGCCUAUUUUUCACCUGUUACUGGUAACAGAGUAGUGACCACAUGUGCUGAUUGUAAGCUGAGAAUCUUUGACAGCAGCUGUAUUUCUUCCCAGAUUCCUCUCCUUACCACCAUCAGGCACAACACGAUCACUGGGCGAUGGCUGACCAGGUUCCAAGCUGUGUGGGACCCUAAACAAGAAGAUUGUAUCAUAGUUGGCAGCAUGGCCCAUCCACGACGAGUAGAAAUCUUCCAUGAGACAGGAGAGAGGGUGCAUUCUUUUCUUGGAGAAUGUCUUCUCUCUGUGUGUUCCAUCAAUGUCAUGCACCCGACUCAGUAUAUUAUGGCUGGAGGUAAUUCCAGUGGGAGGUUACAUGUUUUUAUGAAUUAAGAAAACUACUUAGUUUCUAGGUAGAUAUACCCAUUUGUUCAAAUUCAUCACUGUCUCAGAAACCUAAUGAUACCUGUGGCUUAAUAUGUUUACUUGGUAAUAUAUUUAGAAAACAUAAAAUUACUUUAUUAAGAACUAUGAGCAGAAUGUACUAAAUUUAGUAAGGGAGAAGCCUCAGAAGAUGUUUCCAUAGCAUGGGGAGGGAAUCUGAGUAGAGGCUGAGAUGCUUUUAGCACUUUUAAUUGGGCAGUACAUUGAGAAAGUCUAACAAGGUAAAUUAUAAAGCUUUGAAUGAGCAGUAUUAACUUUUUGUUAUAUAUUGAUAAUAGUUUUGAGUCUAUAGUGAUAUAUAGAUUAGUGGUUUAUUUUAUAAGUUUGUAGUGAAUAUUUGUUUUUAGGCUUAUACUCUGGAACGGGUCCUGAAAGGUCAUCUAACUCAAUGAUUUUGAAAUUUAGUUUUUUAAAACAAGAACCUUUUAUUUGCACCCUGCCUCUCAGUUAAAUUUUAUAUGAUAUGCCAAGAAAAUUGCUGAGCUUUUGUUCACUAGGGCGGGGCCUGGGUCUAGGUGUGUGGAGCCUUUCCUUUCCCCUUCCUCCAAAUGGCUCCUAAUAUAGGGCUCUGCCAUAAUCCCUAUAUUCCAGUGUAAGACUGCCCUCAGAUCAGUAGUGUUUCUAGACUAGGUGUUUUAGCUAUUCACAUGAAAUCUGUUCAGUGGUCAGAAGGUCAGAAUUAGUGUUUAAAAAAUUGAAAGAAUUAUUAAAGAACAGAAAACAUAAUAAGUAUUGUUUUGUAAAACUUAGUUUCAUAUGCAUAUAUGUGUAGGUAUAUGUUUAUGUUUAUACUGAUAUAUAAAUUUUUUUUUUAUUAGAAGUGAAAACUACUGCCUUAAUAAGUCCCAAAUGCCCUUGUCUGUCCCCCUCUUUAAGCUCUCCAUAUUUAAUAGUGUGUUAAAUGAAUAACUUUAAUUUCUCUUCAUAUUUUAGGGAUAUGUCAUGAAUACUGUUUUUGAUUUUUUCUUUUUAAAUGAAAUUGUUUUCUCAGAAGUUAGUGGUAAUUUCAACGGGUCUACUGUUGGGAAAAGGAGUUGCUAAAUAAAUCAGUGACUAAUAUUACUGUGUAACAUCUAUCCAACUUUCCCAUUGUUCUUCAUUGCCAAAGUACUACUGAAAGACUUGUAAGUAAACGCUUAGGCAGUAUGUUUGAAUUACAAGAAUUGGGAAAUAUUAUCUUUUCAUAAUUGUAUAGCAAAGAAAUAAAGUAUUUUC